GAAGCCACGCCGAAUUGGUUCCUGUGCGUUGAGCCCGAGUGCAAAUUUCUUCUGUAACUCCUGAGGAAUUAACGCAGCAGAAGAGGGGGGUGUCAAUGGAUUAUUCGGGAAAACGUGACCUCCCAUCCCGAAUUAGAGCGUCUAGAAAUGUGGUCUGUCCAAAUGUGUGCUGCAGAAUAUUUGUUUUUGCACGGCAUUUAAAAUAGCGCCUUGCUAGCCGACGUGAUCGUAUGAGGUCUGCAAUGAGCACAUUCGUAGCACUCAGCCCUCUUCUGAAGUAAGGGCUGGUGUUAUUUACAAUAUCAGAGAGUUAUUCUGGGAAUUGCGACGAUACAUCACAGGCGUUUGGCAAAAAUAUCGGUGCAUUUGGGGUUUGGGGGCGCUGCGGGAUAGCACCGGGGCAGUCUUCACUGGAGCCUCCGUGUGGCGGUUUGCGUUCACACUUGUAUUGGACCCACCGGUAGGUUCCGGACUCAUUCUGCUGGGUCCCAGAAGCAGGAAUUUGCAGUGCAGCGGUGGGGUUCUGUUCGGCAGCCGGGACCGAAUCUGUUGUGAUCUCCUGGGCCGGGAAAAACACGUGUUGUGCUGCCAGCAGGGGGCGAUGGCGAGCGCGAAGAGAGUCCUGGUCUACCUGGCGGAAGGGAACCGCCUGCCCCAGUGCGCCCGGUUCGUUCAGAGCAUCACGGGCGCGCUCUCGGGUUGCCAUGCCGACCAGGUGGAGGUGAGCUGCUCUCUGGAGGGCCAGCACUUCGUGCUGUCGGCGGGGGAGAGAGAGGGGGCCAGCCGGGUCCUUCUCCGGAGAGCUCCGUUCUGCCCCUUCAAGCGCCUCUCCGCCACCGAGGCCGCAUCCCUCCCGUCGGAUGUCCAGGCCCGGGGGGUGGACGUGGGCGUGGCCGUCCUGCUGCAGACUGCCGAUCGGAAGACCCUGCUGACCCGGCGGGCAGCCCCUCUUACCAUCUUCCCCAACAUCUGGGUGCCCCCAGGCGGCCAUGUGGAGCUGGGUGAGAAGCUGCUGGACGCGGGGCUGAGGGAGCUGGGAGAGGAGACGGGACUGUGGCUGGGCCCGGACGAGUUCUCCUGCAGGCUGCUGGGACUGUGGGAGUCCGUGUACCCACCCAUGCUGACCAGGGGGUUGCCACAGCGACACCACAUCGUCACCUACCUGCUCCUGCGCAGCUGUCGCACGCACCUGCAGCUCCAGGCGAGACUGAGGCCCGAACCCCAGGAGGUCAGUGGCUGUGUGUGGCUGGACGCUGUGCUGGCCAGGGCCAUCGUGGCCUCUGUGGACGGGGCAGACGGCCUGGGGCAGCUGCCGGCCCACCUGCCCCCGACAGUCAGGGUCUGGGAGGUGUCCAGCGCGGGGGAGCUCUUCAGGUCCACUCUGUCCACAGCGGUGCUGCUGAGCCGGGCGCCCGCGCAGGGCGGGGACCCGGAGCGGGUCAGCACCGGCACUAAGUUCGCUCUGGAGCUGUGGCUCGACACCCUGGGGGGAGACGAGCCCCCAGCCAGCUGACCAGGGCUCCCCAACAUCCGAGGGGCUCGGUGGUGCUGAAAAACCAGUUUGGAGCACCUGUGGGCCACGUGAGCAGUCUCUCUCGUGACGGGACAGGCCUGUGAGAUUCCGGCGGCACACCCUGACCUCGGCGUUCAGGGCAAGCUCAUGUGAAUUCUUACCCACCAACAUUUAUGGUUCCUGGGAAAAAAAAGAACUUUUUUUUUUCUGUGAGAAACCAUCUGGAAUUUUCUUUUUUUGUUUCAUGAAACCUCAGAGGAAGAUGGCUGCAAGUUUGUAUUUAGAUGUUCAAGAGACUGUUGUGUGUGCAUUUAAAAAACGAUCCGACUGGGGGGAAUUAAGAAACCAUUAAAAAUGAAAUGAAACUGGUAACGAAA